AUGAAAGACACGUUAAGAGAUGAGUGUGAUGAUGCAGCCGAUUGUGUGAAAAAUUGCUGCGUUAGCACCGUCAUUGCUCCCAUAUUUUUCGUAAUUUUUGUGCUAAUGGCACAAUUUGUACUCGUUAAUGUUGUGGUGGCUGUAUUAAUGAAGCACCUGGAAGAGAGCCACAAACAAAUGGAAGAUGAAAUGGAUAUGGACACUGAAUUGGCGCGUGAAUUCCAACAGGAACAAGAGUUCGAAGAAGAGCAAGCUCUGUGCAUGCAAUUGCAAGAGGAAGAGAAUUUGUUCCAGAAACGUCCACUAGCCAAUCCAAUCUCUUCGCCUAAUUUUAUAUAUAGUACGCCAAUAUUUGAAAAUAAAUUCAAUGCACAACGUCGUCAAACCAUGCACUAUUUUAAUCAAACACUUCGCCAGUCAACCGACCGUACUCACAUAUUCGAUGAGAAGAAUAUUUUGGAGACCGUCGAAAAUAAUAUCAAUCGAGAAAGUGAACGAUCGCGAAAGAGUUCAAAAGGAAGUGGUGAAUUGAAAAAAGAAAUCAACCUACGACGAGCUGGACUGAGUAAAAGGCUAACCAAGGAAAUGUCAUUGGACGAAGAUGCUGGCCGUCGGAAAAGUCGCAGUGAAAUGAAACGGAUGAGUUGUGACAAUUUGCCGUGGAAAAUGGAAAAGAAUUGCGGCAAAUCGAAAUUCAUCGAGUUGUCGCGCGAAGACGAAAACAAAGACGAUUCAAUGGCUGACAUGAUAAUGAGAUCGCUUGACGACAACAAAAUUGGUCAGACCAAAGAGACUUCAGAUGGGAACAAAGAUUCCAGGGAUAAUACAGGAAAUAAAUUAUUUUAUCGGUUCCAAAGCUACAGCCGGCACGAAAUCGAUCGGCUCGACCAAAAUACUUGA